AUGAACGCCGCCUCCCUCGGCGACACCGCCCUCCAAUCCUCCGACCCCACGACCGCAACCCUGCACUACACGACCGCACUCCUCACGCACCCCCGAUCGCCCAGCUACUUCAUCAAGCGCUCGACCGCCUUCUCACGCCUAAAGCCGACGCCGAAUCUCCCCGCCGCGCUGCACGAUGCCGAGUCCGCUGUGCUUCUUGCCCGCGAGCGGGGCAAGCGCGAGUUGAUCGUCGAGGCGCAGAUGCGCAGAGCCAUCGUGUUGUUUCUCAUGGGGAGGUAUGUGGCUGCGGAGGGGGUGGUGGGGGUUGUGGAGCGGAUGGUGGGGUUGGAUAAGGAGGGGAAUAAUGGGGAGGAUAAGGAGGAGGGUAAGGAGGAGAAGGUGAUGAGGGCGAUGGGGGGUGCAUCGGGUGGUGCUGGGAAGGGUGUUGAGGCGGAGGUGAGGAUUUGGGGGGCGAAGAUUAGGGCGAAGGUUAAGGGUUUAGGUGGUGAUGGGGAGGGGGAUAGGGUGGAGGAGGUGCCGGUGGGGGUUAAGGUGCCUGGGGAGAAGGAGUUGAGGGCGCAGUUGGAGGAGUUGAGGGGGGGGAGUAGGAGUAAGAGUACGGUUGGGGGUGGUGGUGGUGGUGGUGAUGAGGAGGGUAAGAAGGUUGAGGAUAAGGCUGAGAAGGAGCAGCAGGAGGAGGAGAAAGCCGAGGUUAAGGAAGCUCAGCAACAGCAACAACAGCAGCAGCAACAAGUCAAGGUCCGUCAUGAAUGGUACCAGUCCGGAGAGACGGUUGUCGUGACGUUGUACGUGAAAGGCGUGCCUAAGGAUAAAGUGGCUAUUGAGCUGAAAGAGGACUCGACAUCCCUCCAAUUCCCCCUCCCCUCCGGCGCCGAAUACGACUUCACCCUCGACCCGCUCUUCGCCCCCAUCGACCCCUCCACCUCCAAGGUCUCCGUCUUCUCCACCAAGAUCGAAAUCUCCCUGCGCAAGAAAUCCCCAGGCCAGAAAUGGAGCGCCCUGGAAUCCUCCACCGGAAUUACUCCACAGCCAGUUACAACUACAGUUGCACCCACUACCACCACCGCGCAAGUCAAACCACAAGCCCAAGGCCCAUCAUACCCUACCUCCUCCCGCCACGGCGCCAAAGACUGGGAUAAGCUCGCUUCAAGCCUAACCCAGAAGUCGAAGAAGGACAAACCCAAGAAUAAAGACGCGACUAAGGCAGAAGGAAAAGGAGAAGAUGAGGAUGAUGAAGCAUCCGACGCCGAAUCCAUCAACUCAGACUUCGGCGGCGGCGAUGCCGUCGACGGGUUCUUCAAGAAACUCUAUGCGAAUGCGGACCCAGAUACUCGUCGCGCUAUGGUGAAGAGUUAUGUGGAGAGUCAGGGGACUUCGUUGAGUACGAAUUGGGAUGAGGUCGGUCAGGGACCGGUUAAGGUUAGGCCGCCUAGUGAGUGA